AUGCGGAUUAUCUGGAGGGACACGGCAGACGCCCGGGUGUACGAGGCUGCACGCCUGGAACAUGUAUUCAACAAGCACUGCCCAAAUCGGUUCCCAUUGGCGAUUGCCAAGGUGACUAGCGAAGGUGAUAUAGUUGCGGCUAUGCAGCUGGCGAUUCAGCAUAAAUGCCAUGUCUCUGUGCGGGCAGGGGGCCACUCAUUUCCAGUAUGGAGUGUCCAAGAUGAUUCGAUCUUGAUCGAUAUGGGCGACUGGAAGCAACUCAGCGUCGAUCCGGAGAAGAGAGUUGUGAUCUCGACGCCUAGUAUCACCAGCAAGGAGCUUAAUGAUCGACUUGCUACUCAUGACUUAAUGUUUCCCGGAGGUCAUUGUGGUGAUGUUGGAUUGGGGGGCUUUUUGCUUCAGGGUGGAAUGGGAUGGAAUUGUGGAAACUGGGGAUGGGGUUGUGAGUUUGUCGAGGCCGUAGAUGUUGUCACUGCGCAGGGCCAGCUGGUCCACUGCAAUGCACAGCAGAACGAAGACCUCUUCUGGGCUUCUCGCGGAGCCGGGCCAGCAUUCCCUGGCGUUAUCACGCAAUUCCACGUGCGUCUGAUACCACUGCCGCGAGAGAUUCGUUCUUCUAUGUAUAUCUACCCCCAAACGCUCUACUACGAGGCAUUCAAAUGGGCUCUCUCCUUGGUACAGACGUUGGACGGUGACACAGAAAUCACUGCGAAGGCUAAAAAUGACGAUGGGGCGCCAGUAUUCGCCAUUUAUUUCACUACUAUGAAGAAUACCACAGAGGACGCCAUGCGGGCGCUCCAGCCGGUUCAGGAUUCCAGGCCUGCAGGCACACUACACGAAUCUUUCUGUCUCAAGGACAGCCUGGAUAAUCUCUAUGAGAUAAUGAGUACGUUGCAUCCCAAGAAAGACCGGUAUUGUUCCGACAAUUUGUACCUCCGCAACGACGCAGAUGUGCCCGGUCUUCUAGAAAAGGCAUGUUUUACGCUUCCGCACCCAGAUUCAUAUCUUUUUUGGACUUCGAUGCGUCCCUGGAGUAGAAAGAAGCUACCCGAAAUGGCACUCAGUAUGCGAUCAGAUCACUAUUUCGCGGUUUAUCUCAUCUGGGAAAACGAGGAAGACGACCAGCGGUGUGUGGAGUGGUUGCAACAAAUCAUGAAACAGGUUGAAGGCGAAUCCGUUGGAUCAUAUAUAGGAGAUUCGGAUUUUGAGCUACGUUUCACUGAAUACUGGACGGCGGAUAAUUACCAGCGCCUUGAGCGUAUUCGGGACGAAUGGGACCCCGAUAGCCGGGUAAAAGGAGGAUAUCUUGGAGAUGGCAAGAGGAGAGUCGCGACGAAGAAAUAA